AUGGCGGAUAUGUCGUCGCUGACGGCGUCGUUUUGGAGCGUGGUGGACGGGAUCGGCACGGUCACGCUAGCGUGGACGCUAGCCCUGCUAAUAGCCGCCACGUACAUCUCGAUGCAAUACUCCCGCGACAAACAAAGAGAUGCGCUCGCUAGUGCCACGCCGCUAGAAGAAAUGCCGCUGGAGAGACUAACUGACGCCGGGCGACACGAUGCGCGAGUAGAUCAGAGCAGCUCCGCGGAGCAGACCAGCGACGACGCGUGCAUGGGGAGCGGUGGCAAGGAGGAGUACGACGCGCUGGUGGUCGGCGCAGGCAUUGCGGGAUGCGCGCUCGCUUACUCCCUCGGAAAGACGGGGCGGCGAGUGCUGGUGUUGGAGAGGGAUCUGUCGGAGCCGGAUCGGAUCGUGGGCGAGUUGCUGCAGCCCGGCGGCUAUCUCAAGCUCGUCGAGCUGGGCAUGCAAGGUGUCCCCUCCCCUCACAUUGCGCGGUACUUGAUUCAGCCAUGUCUCUGCGCUUUAAUUUGCUGCCGCCGCUCACGUCGCCGUGGCGCCCGUGUGUGCGCAGACUGCGUGGACGGCAUCGACGCGCAGCGCGUGGACGGCUACGCGCUCUUCAUGGACGGCGGCGAUUGCAAGGUGUCGUACCCCACGCUCUCCACGGCGCAGCUGCACAUGCUCUUCGCGGGCCACCGCCUCGACUCGGCGGGCAGCGCGGCGGGCGAGGAGAUGUGGAAGGUGGCGGGGCGGGGGUUCCACAACGGCCGGUUCGUGCAGCGGCUGCGCGAGAAGGCGGCAUCGCUGCCCACAGUGACGUUGAGAGAGGCCACGGUGCUCGGCCUGCUGGAGGACGGCGACCGCGUCACGGGCGUGCGCUACCGCGCCGCCAAGCGCGUGCCGGGCAGCGCGCUGGGCGAAGUGCGGGAAGCAAGCGCGGUGGGCGGGAAGGGCGAGACGGAGGAGGGCGAGAUGCUGGCGCCGCUGACGUUCGUGUGCGACGGCUGCUUCUCCAACCUCCGCCGCUCCAUCUCCAAAUCCAAGGUGGACGUGCCGUCGUCGUUCGUGGGGCUGCUGCUGCGCGACUGCCCCUUGCCGCACCCCAACUACGGGCACGUGGUGCUGGCGGACCCGUCGCCCGUGCUCUUCUACCCCGUCAGCAGCACGGAGGUGCGCUGCCUCGUCGACAUCCCCGCGGGCACCAAAGUGCCCUCCAUCGCCUCGGGCGACAUGGCGGACUACCUCCUCUCCGCCGUCCUCCCGCAGCUACCGAAGCAGCUGCAGGGGCCUUUCCGAGAGGCGGUGCGGGCGGGCGACAUUCGCUGCAUGCCCAAUCGCAUCAUGCCAGCUGUCCCCGUCACCCGUCCCGGCGCGCUGCUCAUGGGGGAUGCCUUCAACAUGCGCCACCCGCUCACAGGUGGCGGCAUGACAGUGGCUCUGUCUGACGUGUCAGUGCUGACUCAGAUCCUACGGCCGCUCAAGGACUUCCGCAACACGCGGGCGGUCUGUGAAUACGCCGAGGCCUUCUACACGCGCCGCAAGCCCAUAGCAGCGACCAUCAACACGCUCUCCAUCGCGCUCUACAGAGUCUUCUGUGCCUCCAAGGACGAGGCCAUGAUGGCCAUGCGCCAGGCGUGUUUCGACUACCUGCAGCUGGGCGGGGCGUGCUCCGAGGGCCCCAUCUCGCUGCUCUCGGGGCUCAACCCGCAGCCGCUGAGCCUCGUGCUGCACUUCUUCGCCGUCGCCUUCUUUGCCCUCGCCCGCCUCCUCCUCCCCCUUCCCAAGCCCGGCCGCGUCUGGCUUGGCGCACGCUUGAUACAGGGAGCUGUUCAGCUGAUAGUGCCAAUCAUCAAGGCGGAGGGUGUACGGCGAGUCUUCUUCCCAGCUGUCUGCCCCUCCUACUACAAAUCUGUCCCCGUCUCUGCUGCACCAAGCGCGCACAGCACUAAAUUAUGA